CCUCCUCGCGCUUGCGUGCUGCGCCGCGGCUGCGAGGCGCUGAGGGGAGAGGCGCCGCCGCCUGCGCUGCCGCCAGCGCCGCCGCGGAGACCCGUUAGAGCGGAAGCGCCGCCGCCGCCGCCUUCGCUGUGUGGGGGUCCCAGGUUCUCGGCAGGUGGGCGGCGGGAGCCAUGUCGAAGCGGCUCCGGAGCAGCGAGGUGUGCGCUGACUGCAGCGGGCCGGAUCCUUCCUGGGCAUCAGUAAAUAGGGGAACGUUUAUAUGUGAUGAGUGCUGCAGUGUCCAUCGGAGUCUAGGACGCCAUAUCUCUCAAGUAAGGCAUCUCAAACAUACGUCAUGGCCUUCAACAUUGCUUCAGAUGGUUGAAACCUUGUAUAACAAUGGUGCUAAUUCUAUAUGGGAGCAUUCUUUGCUGGACCCUGCCUCUAUUAUGAGUGGAAGACGUAAAGCCAACCCACAGGAUAAAGUACAUCCUAAUAAAGCAGAAUUCAUCAGAGCCAAGUAUCAGAUGUUAGCAUUUGUUCAUCGCUUGCCCUGCCGGGAUGAUGAUAGUGUAACUGCCAAAGAUCUUAGUAAGCAACUCCAUUCAAGCGUGAGAACAGGGAAUCUUGAAACCUGUUUGAGGCUGUUAUCUUUAGGAGCACAAGCCAACUUCUUUCACCCUGAAAAAGGGAACACCCCGCUUCAUGUUGCCUCCAAAGCAGGGCAGAUUUUACAGGCAGAAUUAUUGGCAGUAUAUGGAGCAGACCCAGGUACACAAGAUUCUAGUGGGAAGACUCCUGUUGAUUAUGCAAGGCAAGGAGGGCACCAUGAGUUGGCAGAUCGCCUUGUAGAAAUUCAGUAUGAGCUGACUGACAGACUAGCCUUCUAUCUGUGUGGCAGGAAACCAGAUCACAAAAAUGGACAGCACUUUAUAAUACCUCAAAUGGCAGAUAGCAGCCUGGAUUUGUCUGAAUUGGCAAAAGCUGCUAAGAAGAAACUUCAGUCUCUAAGUAAUCAUUUGUUUGAAGAACUUGCCAUGGAUGUGUACGAUGAAGUUGACAGGCGAGAGACUGAUGCAGUCUGGCUCGCCACACAAAACCACAGCACCCUGGUAACCGAGACAACUGUUGUCCCCUUCCUUCCGGUUAAUCCUGAGUACUCAUCCACACGGAACCAGGGCAGACAGAAAUUAGCUCGAUUUAAUGCCCAUGAAUUUGCCACCCUGGUUAUUGAUAUACUCAGUGAUGCCAAAAGGAGACAACAAGGCAGUCCUCUCUCUAGUUCAAAAGACAAUGUGGAGCUCAUACUGAAAGCAGUGAAUAACCAGCACAGUGGCGAGAGUCAAGACAACGAUCAGCCGGACUAUGACAGUGUGGCCUCAGAUGAAGACACAGAUUUAGAAACUGUUGCCCCCAAGGCAAACAGGCAGAAGAGCCUAGAUUCAGAUUUAUCAGAUGGACCAGUCACUGUACAGGAAUUUAUGGAGGUCAAAAACGCUCUAGUGGCUUCUGAGGCCAAGAUACAACAGCUAAUGAAGGUGAAUAACAACUUGAGUGACGAGCUGAGAAUUAUGCAGAAAAAGCUUCAAACACUCCAGAGUGAAAAUUCGAACCUCAGGAAACAGUCCACAACCAAUAUAUAUCAGGUGCAAACUGGUUCUGAGUACACAGAUACUUCCAACCACUCUUCCUUAAAGCGACGUCCAUCUGCCCGGGGCAGUAGGCCCAUGUCUAUGUACGAGACGGGAUCAGGUCAGAAACCCUAUCUCCCACUGGGAGAAGUGGACCACCCUGAAGAGAGCAGGACAAGACUCCAGCCUUUCCCUGCACACAUCGGGAGGAGUGCGCUUGUGACCUCCUCUUCAUCUCUGCCUUCCUUCCCCUCCACACUCUCCUGGUCCAGGGACGAAAGCGCCAGAAGGGCAUCCAGGCUGGAGAAGCAGAACAGCACACCUGAAAGUGACUAUGACAACACUCCCAAUGACACGGACCCAGAUGACAUGGGGUCCAGCAGAAAGGGGAGGCAGAGGAGCAUGGUGUGGCAAGGUGAGGGCUCAGUACCAGAGGCAGCAGAAGCUCACACAGCCCCCAGCUCCGUCCUCCCCAGCACUGAGGAUGUCAUCCGGAAAACUGAGCAGAUCACCAAAAACAUACAGGAGCUCCUAAGAGCAGCCCAAGAAAAUAAACAUGACAGUUAUAUUCCCUGCUCAGAGAGGAUACACAUAGCUGUUACAGAAAUGGCAGCAUUAUUCCCCAAAAAACCCAAGUCUGACAUGGUGAGGACAUCCCUCCGCUUACUGACAUCCAGUGCCUACCGACUCCAGUCAGAGUGCAAGAAGGCCUUCCCCGGGGACUCGGGCCUGCCCACGGACAUCCAGCUGGUCACACAGCAGGUCAUCCAGUGCGCAUACGACAUCGCCAAGGCCGCUAAGCAGCUGGUCACCAUCACCACUAGAGAGAACAACAACUGACGCUGCAGCCUGGCCUCUGCCCCAGGCUUUGUGAAGUCCACUUUGAAGUUGAGACAUGAGACUCUUCCGGUUUUUACAGAGACAGAGAUUUAAUGAAAGUUUAAUACUUUUUAAAAGAAAAUUCAGUAUUAUUUUUGCAUGUUUUCUAACAAUUUUUCAACUAUUAAUUUAACCCACUUGCCUUAUUUUGUGCCUGUUUGCCAGUUUACUUUCUGACAUUCUUGUACUGUCGUGACUGUUGAGUUCAUGGUCAUAGACAUCCACAAGCGUAGCCUCAUUGUUUAACAUUUGUUAGAAAGUUUCCGCCCUUUAAAACUUUCUGCCGAUGGUUAAAACUAUAAAUGAGCUCUCCAGUAAAACACUUGAGAGAGCUGGGUUUAAAAAGAGAAUCAAAAAUCACCAUUACCUGUUCCCUACCAAGCAUUGUGCAAUAAGUGGAUUUUCUAGCCUCUGGCCUGAUCUCUUUAAGGCUGGGGUAUCUCCAAGCAUGUAUAUAGAGAAUGGGCUUUGCCAUUUUCUAAAAAUAGUGUAGUGGUCUCUCCUGGAAGGAAACAAUGAAUUGUUCCAUUUCUUUUCUCUGUUCUAGCAUGUUCAGUGUUUUUUUGUUUGAUCUUUCUCUCUUGCUCUUCUGCCCCUGUUUGACGCCCUGUCCUGAAUCUGCCUGGCAUCAGACGAUUGCUCAUCCUCCAGCUCGUGUCUCGUUCAGUCUUGUCCAGUUGGGCACACUGUCCACGUUACCAUGUGUGGGCCGGUGUUCUGCUUCCCCCCAGACACUGGACAUUUCAUUCCGAAAGGACAGCAGAGAAACAUUAUGCAGACGCCUUAACUGACUGUGCCACCCAUGCAGAUGUCACUGCCAUAAACUGAGGAGACGCUCAGCUCCCUGACAGGGCCAAAACCCUGUCAUGCCUUUGACCCCUGAAGCUUUCCCACAUGGUCUGCUCCACGUGACUCCUCACCUGAAAGGCCUUCUUCUAAGAGUUACAGCAGCCAUCCAUGCUCAUUUCCUUGCUGGUACGUAAAAAUUAGACAUCACCUUUCAAGAAUCCCUUACAUAGAGUCUCUCUCUUCCAUUCUCCCAAAGUUACGAGUGAGUACAGAUUUAAGUUCUAGAACAAUUGAGAUUGCUUCCUGUGUUUCUAAAAUGAUCUUUCUUGUCCUGAAUGCUAAUGCAUGUCCUCGUCGCUGCCGACAGUUCUUUGUGUGACCAGACCCAGACCAGAGCCGCCAGGCAGUGUGAUGGGGUGAGUCAGGCCUGGGUAUGGGGCGCAGUGAGGGGGCCCAGGGCUCACCCAUCACAGACAGUCUCUCCCCAGCUCCACUCAGGCUGCUGUGUGGAAUAGUGAGCGGGGGGGUUGUCAGAGCUUUGUUUUUGGUUUUUUUUUUUUUUUUUUUUUUUUUAAGAUAUACCACAAUUCUGGCUAUUUCUUGUGCCAUUUCUUUGCAGACGUUGGCGGCUAAUGUACUCAUAAGCACAUGUGUCGGGGAGUUCUCUUCUCUAGCCUGCCAGCUCAUAGCCUCCACCACAGGGUGCAGUGUGAGGCCCUGGGUUCCCUGCUCCCUGGUUCGGCAUGGAGCCUCACCUGUCAUGUGGCUGCCAUACCCUGUGUUAUGUUGCUCUUAGUCCAUGUUUAGCCCUGUGUCCCGCCCACAAUGCUCACGCACAUACCUGAUGAAGUCAGAGUAAUCGAGUUGCCUAGAUACACGCUGAAUAAGCCUGUAUAUUUACAGAACUGUUUGAUUCACAAACACCUUUAUCGCUUGACCAUAUGCUGUUGUGAAAGGAGCACCACAGUGGUGUUUGGUUUACUAAGCUGAGGCAUGUGGAGGCUUUUGCCAGGUUUUGCUACACUGAGAAGUAGUGUCAAAGCUCAUCCACUUGCUUGGCUGCACAACCCUAAGUGCCGCGCUCCUGUUGGAUGCUCAGAGGAUGCCCUCUGAAAGGAGGUCGUCUACCUUAAGUUCAAGCCCUGGUUGACAGCCUUGUCUGCAUGCUGCAUGUACUUAACUGACCCUCUGGGCUGCAAGCACUGUCCUCGUGUGGGCCUGCUAGUGGCCCUCGGGAGUGACCCUUAGCAGUCCUGAGUUGGUGCCCCUGACCUCACUGGGAGCACAGACUUCUGGCCGGUGAGCCAUCCGCCUGUUCGCUUGGAUGGAGGAUGCUAUUUCUGUGUCCUUAAAUAAAAUCAAGAAGCAUGGGAACCAACAAAGUACUUCCAGUUGUAGGCGUACUCAGGAAGCGUGCAACUGCUCUGUUAACGCUGCGGUGCCAAACUGGAAACAAGUUCCAGGUGGAGUGGCGCCGUGUGCCGGGAGGCUCCAGGCGUCCUCGCGCCCCUGCACUCCCCUGCACCACCUGGGGCCUCGUGUCGAGGUGCUCAGGUGCCGUCAGCAAGUCGCACCUUGUUCUGCCCACCUUUUGCACGUGGGUCCCGUAGCCUUGCACUAGUGUCUGCAUUCUGUGACAUCAUUCUCUACCCUUCAUUCUCAGAUCCCCACCUCACCCUACCCCCAAAGCUGAUAGGAUGGAGGUGCACUUUACAUAACUGGCACUUGCUAAAGAGAAGGAAACAGCUCCACCCCUAAGCUCCUUUCGCUGAAAUCAUCUGCCUCAACGCAAAUAGUUCUUAUUUGCCAAAGAACAACGAAUUGGGCCCAAAGAUCAAAUACAGAAUCUCAUAAAAUUGAAGCUAUAGACGCACAACUCAGGAGCUGUUAAGACAAUUCUUAAGCAAUUAAAGUUGCAAAAGCCAAUAGUGAAGCUAGCAUGUGUUGGUGCUCAAACUGCAGCCACAAGCUUCCCGGUAUUAUUAUACUUUCUUUCCUUGUCCAAGUCAGAGGUCCUUAUUUUUACGAAAGAAAAUGCUGCAUAGGAAAAUGAAAUGUCUUUGGUUCAAAUGUGUUUUAUUCAUGUCAUCCUUAUUCUGUAUUUUUCAUUGUUAUUGUACAUUCUACUCCUGUAAUUACUGUACGACCCUCUAAGUGUUGUAAAAUCUUGGAAUAUGUGCCUGCUAGUUAUGCAAUAAACAGGCUCUAUAAGUGCC